CGAAUCAAGAACAGGCGCAAGCGAUAUCUUGACCUUCAUCCCGAAUACUUCGAAAGCUCAGAUCUAGAGCUUGCAGACCCUCUACUCUAUGAUCGUCUCGUGAGGCAAUUCAAAUCCUUGGAGGAGCGAGAGAAAGAAGGCCGCGAGAAGGGCUUUACCAAGGUGAUGGAAAACGAUAUGGUGCGGUCUGAGGCGAAGGUGGCGGCUCUGCAGAACCCGGAUCCCAGUUCGUCCAUCGAAGGUGGCUGGGAGAGGUGGACUGAUGCUAUGGGACGGAGGUUCAUCGCCGGGGAUGAUCCGGAUUUUGACUAUGCAGUCGUGGAUGCCAACGAAGAAUACGAUGAUCGGAACGAGGAAGAU